CACUAUCCCGUUUUAGAAGAUGUAGCCACAGGAUCGACUUUUGCUUCUUCUAUUUCAAAGCUGGCGAGGUACGCUGUUGCCAUGGAGUGCCGCCUAGCUAUGGCAGAGCUUCGGGUUACUGAGGCCCGAGAGGAGGCAACUCGUUCUUUGGACGAAAUGAGAAUCCAGAUGAAGACAAGAGAGGAGCAAUUUUCUUCCAAAUCUUGUGAAUGGGAUGCAGACAUGGUGGAGGCUCAACAACAUGUUGAGGCAGCCACACAGGAGCUGCGUACCUCAGAAGCAGCUGAGGCUAGCCUUCGCGAAAAAGUUGAGCAGCUUCACGCCAGUAUGCGUGAGGAGAGGCUAAUAAGGAGGUCUUUACGGUCGGAGAAUACUGGUUUACACUCAGAGAACACCACCCUCCGAUCAGAGAAUAAUACUCUACGUCAUCAGUUACAGAUGGCGAUUUCGGGA